GAUAUGAAUGUUUGAUAAUAAUAAGUUUAUAUUGGUUACCGAGUGAAAACAAGGUCCCAUUGUUGUUGGGAAAACUUGUAUAGUUUACAAAAGCUUCUAUAGUUUUGUAGUUGAAUAGCACAGCGUGCUCACAUGAUGGACAACGGAACCACUAUUGAAUGCAGUGUUGCAAACAACAGAAAGUCAGACUCUGUUAGCCAAUUUCUUUCUCAGUUUCUUAUUGAGCUCGAGGUCAAGUUGGAGUCUGGGGAAGAGAUUGGACGAGGUGCCUACGGCACCGUCUACAAGAUAAGGCGGUGGGGGGUUGUCUGUGCUGCCAAGAAGCUGCAUGAUCUGCCAUUGCAACUGAACAAGAAGGUAGAUUCACCCACCCCCUCUGGAAAGCCUGGUAAUGAGUUGGAUGGUACGACAGGCUCAAGGUCACGCUCUAUAAACGUCAACAAGCCACCGGAGAGUCGCAUUCUUGCAAAAUUCGAGAAAGAGUGUCACCUAUUGAGCAACCUGCGGCACCCGUAUGUUGUGCAGUUCCUGGGUGUGUACAUCGACAAGGGAACUAACACACCCGUCAUCAUAAUGGAGUACCUACCGAUGAGUCUGGCGUCUUGCGUGGAGAAGAAACCAACGAUCCCUCGCUACCUGCAGAUCUCAAUGCUCUCAAACGUAUCUCUAGGUCUGGCCUAUCUCCAUGGACACUCUCCGCCCAUCAUUCACCGCGACCUCACCGCUAAUAAUAUCCUACUCACCUCGAACAUGGUGGCAAAACUUGCCGACCUGGGAGUCGCUCGAAUCCUCGAUCUUACCCCCAAGCGAGCAGCACAGCUCACCCAAGCCCCUGGAACAGCUGCCUACAUGCCACCAGAAGCUUUUUCAACCUCUCCGACGUACAACCGAAGCAUCGAUGUGUUCUCUUAUGGCGUUUUAGUCCUCCAUCUCAUAUCCCAGCAAUGGCCGAUACCAACGGAAGCGGUGCGAGUGGGGGCCAGCGGAAUGCUCACACCAAUUCCAGAAGCUGACAGACGGAUUACUCAACUCGAGCUGGUGGGCAAAGACCAUUGUCUCUAUCAACUGAUCACGCAGUGUCUACAAAACGACCCUUCACAACGGCCGGACAUCUCUAACAUCAUCCUGACUCUGAAUGCCCUCCAGGACAAACACCCUCUGCCCUCAACCACCUACCUGGACCUACUGCAGGUCCUAGAGAGCAGUCGGAACCAGCUUGAAGCUAGGGGGGUGCAGCUCGAGGCCAGGAAAGAUCAGCUGAAAAUGAUCACUUCCACGAUGGACGACAAGGACAGGGAGAUAGCUGAGCUCAAAGAGCAGAUCAAAGUCAUGGAGAAACGCUUGGCUGGCUCGCUCAAAGGGCUACUACUCUGGAGUGGAGAUAAAGAGCUAGCUGCCAGUCACAAGGACACCACAUCCCCCGGCUCUGACAACCUCCUGCCCACACAAUCGUCAUUCACUUGGAAAAAAGAUGUCGAUAUGCCUGAGGGGACGUACGGAGCAAAGGGCGUAUUUAUGGAUGACAAGAUCUAUAUCGGAGGUGGAGAUUGCAGGGAGGUCGAAGCAGAGCGAAUCAUCUUCGAGUACGACGUCAACGGUGUGGUACGGAAGUGGACCCCUCUUCCUCCAACCCCUGUCGUUUAUUACUCAUUAGCCGUCGUUAACAAGAGUCUGACGUUGGUCGGAGGAUUCGACAUCACGAAGAAAGCGGCGACCAAUCAGAUUAUAGUGUGGAGUAAGGAGAAGCAGCAAUGGACCACACCUUUCCCUGCCAUGCCUACGGCCAGACAAGAUGCAAUGGUGACUACUCACAACCUGUGGCUACUGGUCGCUGGAGGGGUCAACCUGAAGAAGCCACUCUACAAUGUCGAGCUGUUUGAUUCUGCAACCUUUCAAUGGCACAUCAUUAAACCACUCCCCAAGCCGAGUGUUGGCAUGACAGGCUGCGUCGUCAAGGAUACGUGGUAUCUCCUCGGAGGGACCAACUUCGUAGAGGCAACAAAGGGGGAAACAGGUCCGAAAGAAUUCCUGUUUAGUCUCAAACUGAACGAAAACGUUGCGACCAAUUCGUGGAAGAUGCUUAACGAGACUCCGCACUACUGCUGUACAGCUGUGCCGUUUGGAGAUCACCUGAUGGCACUCGGAGGAUCUGACAGUUUAUCAGCCGUAUCCAGUAGCACCUCGAUGUUCUUAUACUCUCCUUCCCUCGAGCGUUGGCUAUUUAUCGGCAACACACCCACCCCCCGCUGUCAGUCCACCUGCAUCGUACUCUCCAAAAGCCGACUUAUCGUUCUGGGCGGCCGAGAGAGAGAGUGCAAGUUCAGCAAAUGUGUCGAACUGUUGUACUGGGAGGGGCUGAAAAGGUGCACAUUAAUAAGAAGCAAGAAGAGUAUGACUGCAUUUCUUGGUGGAACUAUCAGAGCUGGUAUCUCAGUCCGUCUUAUCUCUAGACUAUUCAGCACAUCUUCAGUUGCACAGGGCAAAGUGGCUGUGGUUUUGUCGGGCUGUGGUGUGUAUGAUGGAUCAGAGGUUCACGAAUCAUCAGCGAUUCUGGUACACUUGAGUGAGCAGCUACAAGAUGGAGGACAAGUGGAUAUGUUUGCACCAGACGUCCAACAGAUGCACGUGAUUGACCACAUCAAAGGGGAGCCAGUCACCACGGAUACCAGAAACGUGCUUACGGAGUCGGCUAGAAUUGCUCGAGGGCAAGUAACGUCACUGUCCAGUCUUAGGAGUGCAGAUUAUGAUGCUGUUCUGUUUCCUGGAGGCUUUGGAGCAGCUAAAAACUUGUGUACAUUUGCAGUGGAUGGAGCUGGUAUGACUGUGAAUGAAGAGGUCGAGAGAGUGUUGAAAGAAUUCCAUGGAAACGGGAAACCAAUUGGGCUUUGCUGUAUAUCCCCAGUGCUGGUUGCUAAGGUGUUGCCAGGAGUAACAGUCACGGUUGGCAGCGACAAUGAUCCAGCAGCACAGGCCAUCCUGAAAAUGGGCAGCAAACAUGUGCAGAAAGCAGUCACUGAGAGCCAUACGGACGUUUCUCACAAGGUAGUGACCACACCUGCCUUCAUGUGUGAGGAUGCCCCGCUCUACCAAAUCUUCACAGGAAUAGGGUCAAUGGUCAGAGAAGUCCUCCGGAUGAUCAAGUAGACUCAAGGACAAUUAUUGUAGUUGCCAUUUACUUAAUUUUUGUACGACUUGUAGUAUUGUCAAUAAUAAUGUCAGUUUAUUAU